CCGCUCCGCGCGGCUUCAGUGCCCACCGAGACCCGCGACUGUUAACACGCUUUCGCGACUCACUGCCGCACUACACCGCUGACGCUGACCCGCAACACGCGAUUGUGUACACUUGUGAGCGAGGCGCGCGCCCUUUCUCUCACGCAGUGUGAUCGUGCUUCGGUACGUGAAUGCAAAACCGGACUGCUCUCUUGGCAAGAGACAACGAAAAGGAAUCUACCGCCGUGCGGGACUCUGAAGUAUUUCAACGGCUACGGAGGGCUGGCCUGCCACUCGCCCGGACCCCGCUCCAUUCCCGCGGGGACUCUUUGCCGAUACUCCGCUAAAGACAAUCACGUAGACAAAAGGAGGUAACACGUAAUGACUGCUACUCACGGAGGCGGCUGCGAAGACGCCCGCCCUGAUAAGGAUUACACUAACAAAACUGGAUUCAAGAACGAUGCAUACCAACACGACAGAGACUCGAACGAUGACAUCGUCAAGCCACCACCGCUGCCAACUGAAGAAGAUAUGUACGCUUCUGGAAAGGUUAAGCUAUCGAGAAACGAAAAAUGGAGGAUACUGAAGAACGUUGCAGCCGUAAGCGCUGCUUUCAUGGUACAGUUCACAGCUUUCCAAGGAACAGCUAAUCUGCAAUCAUCUAUCAACGCUGCCGACGGACUUGGAACAGUGUCGCUAAGCUCAAUCUACGCUGCGCUCGUCGUCUCCUGCAUUUUCGUUCCCACAUUUCUUAUCAAAAGGCUCACGGUCAAGUGGACACUAUGUCUUUCCAUGAUGUGCUACGCGCCUUACAUUGGUGCGCAAUUCUAUCCAGCUUUCUACACCCUAGUACCUGCCGGGGUUGUAGUUGGCUUAGGAGCAGCUCCUAUGUGGACAUCCAAGGCCACCUAUCUAACUCAAGCUGGUAGUGUCUACGCUAAAUUAACAGAUCAAGCAGUAGACGGUAUAAUUGUCCGAUUCUUCGGAUUCUUUUUCCUGGCAUGGCAAACCGCUGAACUGUGGGGCAACCUCAUUUCUAGUUUGGUUUUCUCAUCCGGAGUGCACAGCGGCAACAGUCAGAACACGUCUAACACGUUAUUGACGUGUGGCGCCAACUUCUGCAUGAUCGGCGGCGGUCACCAUGACAACCGCAACCUGCACCGGCCGCCAGACAGUGAGAUAUAUGAGAUCAGUGCCAUAUACCUCGCUUGCGUCGUCGUUGCCGUCAUCAUGGUUGCUGUUCUUGUUGAUCCCUUGUCCAGGUACGGUGAAAAACAGAGGAAUUCGGAUCCUUCCAGAGAACUGACAGGAAUUCAACUGCUCUCGGCGACCGCUUACCAACUGAAGAAACCCAACCAACAAUUGCUUAUACCUAUUACACUAUGGAUUGGAAUGGAACAAGCGUUUAUUGGCGCUGACUUCACUCAGGCUUACGUCUCGUGUGCUCUUGGCAUUCGGUCUAUCGGAUACGUGAUGAUCUGCUUCGGAGUUGUCAACGCAAUCUGUUCUCUGCUCUUCGGAUCAGCCAUGAAGUUCAUCGGACGAUUCCCCAUACUGUUCAUGGGUGCAGCUCUUCAUCUCGGAUUGAUCGUAUGGCUUCUGAUAUGGAGACCUAAUCCUGAAUCACCCACCGUUUUCUUCGUAAUAUCCGGACUAUGGGGAGUUGGUGAUGCUGUUUGGCAAACCCAAAUCAAUGGCCUGUAUGGAGUACUGUUUAGACGGAAUAAGGAAGCGGCGUUCUCUAACUACAGGCUAUGGGAGAGUGCUGGCUUCGUUGUCGCCUAUGCGUACUCCACUCACUUAUGUGCCAGAAUGAAGCUAUAUGUUAUGAUGGUCGUUUUGCUCAUUGGAUUCCUUGGAUACAUGGUUGUUGAAAUACUGCACAAGAGAAAGGCUCUUCGUCUCAAGGCGAUUGCGGAGAACCCGGCGGCCGCCGCCGAUGCCGCGAUGCAGCCACCAGAGGAAGAUGACGAGAAGGAUGAGAUUGACGACGAAAUCAUAAUCACCCAUCUGUAGAUCACCUUAAUCCUAUCGUUUACGGUUUCAAGAAUGAUCUCCGUCAAUGAUGGUUUGCGCAACGAAGCGUAAAAUACAAAAUUGCCAUACAUCAAUUUCGUUAGGUACAAAAUGAACAGAAAAAAUAUAUUUGUAAUCUCAAUUAAUUAAUUCUAUUUAUAUAUUACAUAUAUAUGUAUCCGAUAGUUUAGUAUUUGAAUGCCGAAUUAAGUGAGUAAAGUAAAGACUUGACAAGUACAAACGUUCCCUUAUCAUGUUCAUUCCAGUUCUUAUAAGUAUAAACAUAUUGAAAAUCUUCGGGUCCAAAUCGUUAAUACUAAUGUAAUUUUUUUUCUUAAAUCAUCGUAGACGGUAAGGAAAAAACUAAGAGACCAAUGAUUGCAUUGUCUGAGCAUUAUUACACUUAUAAUAUUUAUCGAUUGAUUAAAUGUUAUAAAAGUAGCGCUUAUUUUAGAUCUGAAUAAAGGAAACAAGUUCUAACUAUAAGAUCAAUCUCACAGCAUUCACUAUUCGAAACGUAUUUACUUUGAGACACGGAUAUUAACUGACAUGACCAAUAUGAAUAUUAAUUUACUGAACAUCUGUAUUUAUAAUUAUUUCAAUAGUAAUUACUUUCUUUGUCUUUUAUUUGGCUCAAUGGCCUUUAACUUUACUGUUUCUCUACUUAUUUCCCUAUGAGGAAAUUUAAUUAUUUCCUUGAAAUGUUUCAAUU